AUGUUUUGGCAGAUACUGGUACAUCAUGAAGAUCCUGAAUACCAGAGAAUUUCGUGGCGACCAUCUCCACAGGAUUCAAUUCAAUCAUAUCGCCUACGCACUGUCACAUAUGGCACCGCUCCCGCGCCAUACCUUGCGAUACGGGUAUUACAACAGCUUGGCGAGGAUGAAAGUCAUCGAUUUCUUCUUGCUCAUCCCAUUUUGCAAAAUGAGACCUACGUUGAUGACAUUCUAUUUGGUGCUGGGGAGAUUGAUACGGCCAAUGCGAUGAGACUACAGCUAGUCAAAAUGCUCACGGCGGGCGGAUUCAGUCUCCGAAAAUGGGCGUCUAACGCUGCCGAGUUGCUUGAGGAUUUACCUUCUAAGGAUCGAGCUAUUAACAUGGAUUAUUCGUUGGAUGAGGAUAGCAGCAUUAAGGUUCUCGGCAUUGCAUGGUCUCCUCAAGACGAUGCCUUCUUCUUCCAUAUUUUGCUCCUGCUUCUGUUGGUAGCUACUAAGCGCUUAAUUCUAGCAACGAUCGCCAGAAUUUUUGAUCCCCUUGGGUGGGCUACCCCGGUAGUCAUUAUUGCUAAAACUUUAAUGCAAGAAUUAUGGAUUAGGACAUGCGACUGGGAUGAGCCCCUUCCCACAGACCUCAACAAACGGUGGGAAACCUAUCGCGACUCAUUUCAUUCUCUCAACAAGGUUCGGAUUCCACGUUGGACCGGACUAGCUAAACACGUCAAUUACAUCGAGCUCCACGGUUUUUCUGACGCAUCGAUUAAGGCUAUAAGUGCCAUGGUGUACAUGAGGAUCACCUAUUCGAGGGAUGUCAAAGUCACGCUCAUUGCCGCCAAGUCUAAGGUGGCGCCAAUAAAAACUCUAUCCCGCGAUUAG